AUGUUAUACGAUUCAGAUAAGGAAGACCGACCCCGCAAGGUGCUCGACACAGAACGCGACUUCAACUUAGUCAAUUGUGAGCCUCCCGUGACUGGGAAGCUCCACGAAUUGGCCGUCAUACUGGCGCAAAUCGAAGGGGGCGUUUCCUUCGCGGUACAGCCAACGCCAUCUUCUGGCGCGGUCCAGCAUGCGCGCCAAGUCAUGAACGGUGGGGACAACGGUAUCUGGACAGGCACCGAGUUCCGCCCUCUAUCAACAGACCCGGAACCAGACGAGAUGUUUGCCGUCAGGCGAGUCAAUACCUCUUCGCCCUAUCGACUACUCGAGCGUUUCUGCAUCCGACGGCGCCAUGUGCCCAGCGUGUCGGACCUGAAGACCAUGGCCGUGAUUACCGACGACGCCUGCCUUGUGAUAAUGGGAACCGUGACACCAGUGUGGGCCGGGACCUAUCGCGAACCCUUGGAAAGCCAAGGUCCUGACGGCCAAGUGCACGCCCACACCAGCAACCGCGCCGAACUCGGGGCCGCCAUCGCCGUCUUGGAUUACUGGGUCUGGUGGGGCGAGGGCUGGGAACGCAUCGUCAUCGUGACGGGCUCCGAGUACAUGGUGAACCACGUGACGCGUUGGCCGCCGACGGAUCUGUGGGAGCAACUGAGUGCUAAGCUCGGUGAAUAUGCCAUGGGAGGCUGCGAAGUUUCACCCUGGGCAGUGUCGCGGAUGUUCGAUGCGGUGGCAGAUCAGGCAGCGAAGGCGGCGGGUGAGCAGAUUGGCCCAGAGGAGUAUUGCUCCUGGCGUGGUGUUAUGGUCCAGGUCUGAGGCGCGAGAAAUGGGACAAGUGUUUGGCUCGUCAUUCUUGCAAUGACGGGACUCUUGCAUGGCGCUAAACUGGGCUGGGGACUGAGGCGCUUGUCCAUUUCUCCUGUCCAACUACCGGGCAGGUACUGCGGUAACGUCUUGAUGAAUUAGAGUGAUUUCACUUCGAGAUAAUCAGAUGGAGAUACACCCUGGAUUGGAAACCUCACGGCCAGCCAUCAGGGUGUUUGACGCCUUGUUCCGUC